CUUCUAUAUCUUCACGAGAACUCAAGACUUUGGAUUAUUCAUCGUGAUCUCAAACCUAGUAAUAUUCUUUUAGAUGUAGAAAUGAAUCCUAAAAUUUCAGAUUUUGGUAUGGCAAGAAUGUUUGUAUUAGAUCAAACUGAAGGCAAUACAAAUAGAAUUGUUAGGAUCUAGUAAGUAUAGUAAAACACAAUAGUUGAUGACAGAUAAUAUUUAUGCAUGUCUUAUAUACUAGAUUUUACUAGUCUUCUUUUCUUAGGGCAAAACCAUAUUAUUGCCAUAACAAACAUGGAAAUAAAAAUUUUAAACAGAAUCAUUGAUUUAUUACAAUUUAAAUUGAAAAUAGAUUUGUUGAUAUUGAAAUGCAGUGAAUAUAUGGCACCCAAGUAUGCAAUGCUUGGACAGUUUUCAAUAAAGUUAGAUGUCUUUAGUUUUGGUGUGCUAAUUUUGGAGGUUUUGAGUGGACAAAAAAUCACUCAUUUCCAUGAUGGAGAAAACUCAGAGUAUCUUCUAAGCUAUGCAUGGAAAAAUUGGAGGGAGGAGACAACUUCAAAUCUUAUAGAUCCCACAUUGAGAGGUGGUCCAAUAACUGAAAUGUUGAAAUGUAUCAUAAUUGGGCUUCUAUGUGUUCAAGAAAAUGUAAGUGACAGACCAAAUAUGACUUCUAUUGUUCUCAUGCUUAACGGCAAUUUGGAUCCAAUUCCAACGCCAACACAGCCUACAAGUUUUAUGCAAAGCAAUAUUGUAUCAUCCACUUCAGUACAGAAUGACAAUAGUUCCAGCAUAACUAAUAAUGGGGCUUCAAUAACUGAGUUAUGUCCAAGAUAAUGGUUUGUAAAUUGGGGUCGCAAUAUUCCACUUGAAACGAUUAAUUUAAAUAAUUCAAGUACACGUCAAAUACUACAAUUUGAACUUCUUAUAUGUAUUGUUAUUCCCUAAAUUUAUAAUUCCAAAUUUCUUUUCA